GCCAAUAAUAGCAUGGAGCUCUGUUCCUUUACUGGACACUUGUUAACAAUUUCUUUACUGGAAUAUGGAAAAGUGAGCAGAAUCUCAAGAAGUAACAGAAGCAAGCACUACUAUACACUCUACAAAGAAAAAGACCACAUACUUCUGUUGUUGGACUGCUGAAAGACCUAUUGACUCUGAACUUAAAUGCAUGAAUGAAGAAAUGGGGAAGAAACUUUUCAUGGCUCAAAAGAGAGGAGAAACUCGAGCAGUUUGUUUGGGCAUUGGAAUGAUUAUCUGCUCCGUAAUGAUGUUUUUUCUACUUGGAGUGACUGUGCUGCCUAAGUAUAUAAAAAGUGUGUGGACUAAAGAAACUAAGUGUACCCUCGUUCAAGCUACUUUCAAAGAGAGAGCCAACUGUAUUCAUAAUUCCAACACAAAGCCUGAAAGUAUAUUACAAUACCCCUGCCUGGAGGUAUUGGUAAAUUUGAAUUUUUCAGAAGAUGCUCUAAUGCUUUAUCACACAGAGGAAUCUUCCGAGUUGAAUAACAAGUGCUCCUACAUUCCUGAUUGUAAGGAAAACUACACAGAAAUUGCAAUGCAUGUACAGGAAAUUCAAGGAAGAUUUAAUAAGUCUGCUUCAUUUACCUGCUAUUUUGAUCCCAAAGGAAGACAGAAGAGUAUUAUUUUAAUAAGAAAGUUUGGACCUCAAAAGAUGAUUUUAUGCUUUUUCUGGCCAGCAUCAAUGUUUACUGUUGGACUUUUUGUUGUUAUUAUUGUAAAAAUAAGUCAAUAUUUUGCCAUGCUUUCAGUGCAAGUAAACAAAGUAAAUACCUAAUUUUGUUGUACAUGUUACUCAUACAGGUUUAUUCUAUCAUUGACAAAAGUCAAAAUAUAAAAAGAAAAAAAAUGCACAUAGGGGAAGAUUUAUCAGAUCUGGUGCAAAGGAAAACUGGCUUAAAAGGCAUAUGUCACAGAUUUGUACCUAUGAAACUGGUUGUGACC